GUUUUCGACCACGCCAUGGCCAACGUCGCAGGCCGCAAAAAGUCUAUGGUUGCAUCUCUGCCUCCCUCCAUCGAUUCCCCCGUCGCCAAUAAUACCCUCCUCAACAAGGCCGCCUCUCAGUCCACUUCCCUCUAUCAGCAAUGCUCUUCCCUACGCACUCGUCUAAUGCACCUCCAAGACUUCUCAGACUGGUUCUCUGUCGCUGCCCAGCCAGACUCCUCUAGGCGCUCCACUGAUCCCGUAACCCAACUAUGGGACGUAUUCGCCCUCGGCGUCCCUCUGUGCUACCUCUACAACCUUCUACCUCAGUCUGCCUCCUCUCCGAUAGCAGUCGAAACAGACGUCCUCUCGUUUGAUCGCAACAAUGAGCGUACGAAGAAGCACGCGAUCGCUCUCUUUGCUAUGAACGUGAAGCAAGUGCCGGGUUGCGAAGGAUUUACGGUUAGGGAUCUUUGGGACCGUAACUCGACGGAUGGCUUCGUCAAGGUUGUCAACAACGUUAUCAACCUCGUGCAGCAAUUGCCCGAGGAUCUCUUCCUCGAAUCCGCGCCUUCCUCUCCCGCGUUGGCAUCAGCCCUCGCGUCUACCGAAUCUCUUACAUCAGACAAUACUCUUGCGGCAUCCUUGAUGGAGCCUGGCGGUGCUCGGGCGAACAUCAUCAAAGAGCUUGUUGACACGGAACGGAAGUAUGUGCAAGACCUGGAAGUCAUGCAGAAAUACUGCGACGAGGCAGUGUCCUACCUGGACCGGGACACGCUCCAUCUCUUGUUCCCUGGUUUGAACAAACUCCUGAACUUUCAGAGAAAGUUCCUUAUCAAGGUCGAGAGCAUUGCCGAGUUGCCUUGGAAUGACCAGCGAUGGGGCCUCCCUUUCACCGAGAACGAGGAGGAGUUUGCCGUGUACGAACCCUACUGCGCUAACUAUACCAUGGCGUCCGAGAUUAUGCUCCAGGAGGAGCACAACCUGACGGCGCUUAAUCAUAUCAUCAAUGUGAAAGGCGAACUUCCCGCCUUCCUAAUCAAGCCUGUCCAGCGGAUUUGCAAAUAUCCGCUGCUACUCGAGUCGCUUGUCAAAGCCGUUAGUAACACCGACUACCCUUACAUCGACGAGCUCAAGGCCGGCGUUGAGUCUGCGAAGCGCAUCACCGACAAGAUCAACGAGGCUCAACGACGGGCAGAGAAUGACGCGACUGUCAAGAACCUAGAGGGCCGCGUUGAGGACUGGAAGGGUCACCACAUCUCCAACUUUGGCGCUCUCCUUUUGGACGACAUUUUCAGUGUCACCAAGUCCGAGGUCGACCGCGAGUACCAUGUGUUCCUCUUCGAGAAGAUCAUCCUCUGCUGCAAGGAGUACAUUCCUCAGCCAGGCAAUGGCAAGAAGGUGGGAAAGAGCAAUUCGAUCCUGAAGAAGCCGACCUCGCCGUCUACUGUCCUCGGCUCCACUGCCGCUGGUUCUUCAAGCAAAAAGAAGAAUACCCCGCUUCUUCUCAAGGGUCGCAUCUUUCUCAACAACGUCACUCAGGCUGUACCGAAGGUUUCUCAAGGGCAGUACUCGCUUGCCGUAUGGUGGCGCGGGGACGACGACCUCGAGUUCUUCACCCUCCGCUGCCGCAAUGAGGAGCAGCUGAAGCACUGGGAGAACCAGCUCAACCGUCUGAUCAAGGAGACUGCGAAUCGCAGGACAUCCGAUCGAAACAUCGCCCGUCUCGCGCAAGUUGCCAACAGCACCAGCCCGUCUCCUCAGAUACGUUCGGCACAUUCUUCCUACGCUCAGGAGCGUAGCUCCAUGUUCUCGAACGGGUCGUCGGGUUAUGCUUCGGGUGUGCCGCAGACGGCUUCUAUCAACGGGCGCAUGCGCCAUCCCUAUGCCAGCGGAGAGCAUGCCGUACCGUCGUCUUCACAUCCCUACACCAACGGAUUCGCACACGUCCAUCAAGACUAUCCUCACGAUGGUUUCGAGGCGGACCAGGACGACGAAUACGAGGACUACCCCCCAGCGAGCGCAGGGUCGCCAUCAGGUCGCGGUACGCCUAUGGGUCAGUCGCGUCGCCCCGAUUUCCCGUAUCCGCAAAGCGCACGGCAUAGCGGCCAUGCGACAUCGCCGAUCAUGUCCGGCGGCGUCGGCGGCUUCCAGGGUCCCGCUUCGGCGCGCCCAGUCAUGUCUCGAAACACAAACAGCUACGCGUCGGAUGCUAGCUUUGGCAACGCCCCUCCGCCACCUCGCCCCGGUCUCCGUAGUCAGUUCAGCUCGACGCGGCUGCGCUCUGCGUAUGACGGCGCGGAGUCUCGGGGUGCGAGUCCUAUGCCGACGCCGAACAUGCACCAGCCCAUGCGAUCGCGAAGUAUCAGUCAGCCGCAGGCAUACCAUCCUUCCCCGCAGCAAGCCCCUCCGCCGCUUCCCACGUCUACUCGGGCAGAGUGGUCGCAAGGAUCCCUGUUGUCAAACAAGCGUGGGAGCGGGUCGAGCCAGUCAACGGACAGCGCGGACUAUUCGCCACACACGAGCAGCUCGCCGAUUACCCCGUACGGUUCGAGUGAGUCGUCGUUGGCAGGCAUGUCAACUGGACGCUCUGCGCGGGGGCACAUCGACCAGAUGCCACCGCCAGCUCUCAAGGACGAGCUUCGCCUCUCGCCGCCUGUGAAGAUCAAGGUGCACUUCAACGAAGAUAUCUUCGUUAUCCAGGUGCCGCGGUCGACCGAGUACUACGAGCUGGUGGACAAGGUUGGCAAGAAGAUCCGACUGUGCGGUCCCAGGCGAGACGACGGCCCACUCCGCGUCAAGUACAAGGACGAGGACGGCGACUUGGUGUCGUUGGGGUCGACGGAGGAUGUACAGAUGGCAUUCGAGUCGCUAAGGCCUGGCAACCAGGUUACGCUCUACGUGCAAUGAGUCGACGGUCUCUCGGCUCCCUCUCUCCACCGUCCUGCGUCACAUCAACCUUACCUCUGCAUGUCUUAGCAUCAUCUCUUGCUCACUGUCCCCCCCCUCUGUAGUCGCUGCCACUCAUCCCAUCACCAUCACUAUCAUCUGACAUCCGGCAUCAUCCAUAUAUCUGGGGACCUGCACCAUAUGCACACAUUCCUUUUUUUGGUCUAUAGCUUCACUUCACUCAUCUCAUAUCUUAGUCUCCGUGUCUCACGACCUGUACGAUCCUUCCCCAGUCAGUUAGCCCUUAUCGUGUCUCUCUAUGUCCUCCGUUAUCAUAGUGCAUCUCGAUGUUCGUUCGCGUACGUGCAUUGUUUCUAUUUGACCGCCUGUCGCCGUCAUCCACCCUGCAUCUCUCGCAUUUCGUCUUCGUCCUGGACGCGUUCCCUUGAUCGCUGUAUCAGUUGUUUGGAGCUACAGCGCCCUCCAAUCACGCUCCUUGCCCUUUCCUCUGCGUCUCUCUUCGCGGGUUCCCCACCGCCCCCUCAUGACCGGAUGCCGCCCUCACCCCUAUCGCCCCGACCACCACGCUUCAUCCUCCACGAUCAACGCCUCC